CUAACUACAGUACGAGAAAAAUAUGGCCACGCACCGCGGCUUUUCAAAUUCUUAUUUAGAGCUACAGAUCCAUCGAGAUGGCAUGAUAAAACAAAGAACCGUCUGUAAUCUGAUUUGACAGUCAAAUUAAAGUGUCGCUGGAGCCAUUUUUGUUUGCAUGUCCUCCAUAAACCUGGUGUGAAAACUGGCUUUUUCACUGGACGGCUACUUUUUUUCGGCCAGUUUGCUGCUGUGAAGGUUCACAAGGUUCACUGAUGUGCGUCAAGAAAACACAGGAUCAAGAUGUGGGUCUUCAUAUUUCUCUACAUACUGAGUCUAAACUGUCAGACCUCUACAACAGUUUCAGAGAACUCAACGCAGAUGUAUUAUGCUAAACUGAAAAUAGACAGAAGUGCAAUUCAGAACAUCAGUUCAAAGCUGAACUUUAAUGUGAAAGGCAACUUGAGCAUCGAGGACGUUACAAUGACCACAAAAUGUAAAGAAAACAACAAUGGUAACAAAACAUGUAAAUGCGAAGAAGGCCACAAAUGGAGUGAUGAAGUUCGUCUCACAGGGGUAGAUUGUGAUGAGAAGAACUGCACCCUCAAGGCUGACUCUAAUUCAAUGUGCACUUUAAGCAGUGCAGUUGAUAUCACAGGGAAAUUCACUCUGGAGGGAGCUGAAUUUGAAUCUUGUCUGACAGAUAAGAACUCAGGCACAUAUAAGGGUUGCCAUAAUAAUCUGUUAAAUAAGAUGAAAACCGAAUACAGUAAAAUAAGAGGAUUUGACAGUCUAGCAAUAACACAAUUCAGUGUUGGGAGCGUUAUUGUUGAUUUUACAAUGAAGAUCGUCUCUGACGUUAGUUCGGGAGAACUGUUCAACAAAUCUACAGCUCUGACAAAAACUCUAACAGGCAAAAUGACUUUGGAGACUAAAGGCAUUGUCACUUUGGAUAUAUCAAAGACAUCAGUGCCAUAUCACGACAAAACUUUAGUUAUUUGUAAAACUGAGAGACAGCUUAAAGCCAAACCAAAGUGGAAUCUGCAAAGAGAAGAUGGAGAGUUUCUCAUAACUGAUGGCAGCAUCUCAACAGUGGAAGACGAAGAAAAAAUAAGUACAGUCACGAUUAAACAUGUUAGCGAACUCUGGCAAGGAGAGUACAUAUGUCUUUUUGUUGAACAAGAAGAUCAAAUAACUAUAAACCAUAAAGCCAACGCUACAAUGGAUAUAUGCCUCAAACCAAAGAUCGACAUUUCUGCAGAUCCAGCAUUUCCCUUGUGUAAGACAGAAUCAACUGUUUUUGUUGUGAAAGUGAAGUGUGAGAUAAAGAAUACCACUGAAACGUACAGUGUGAGCUGGCAAGAAGGUGCCAUUGAAAAACCCAUGACUCCAGAGGGAGACAAACUGAUUUAUUCAGCUGAUAAAGUAGUUAACUGUAAGUCAGGAGGGGACAGCUCUUCCACAGGUUCUCCACUGGUAUAUUGCAACUUUACUAAUGAGUGCAACCAAACUUAUGGUGCAUCUAUGAAGGUCGAAGUCAUUUAUCCUGAUGAAAAGUACUGUUCAGCGGAAGGUGAAUGGGCAAACACCAAGGCCGGCUUUACUGCAGAAAUAAAAUGCAAGGAUAAAGCUGGAACAAGAAAGCGAAAGUGUUCAUCUGGGGAAACUGGCCGGGAAGGGAUAUGGGGUGACGAGGUUUCAGAAUGUGUUGAAAAGGACCUCGCUAGUGUGCUGGAAACAGCUGCAAUUAGUGACAUUGGACUUGGCAAACUGGAGUCAAAUGCUGCAAUAGUAUUUGAACGCUUUGUAAAGGUCACAAAGACAUUAAAAUUACCUGGUUAUGCCAACAUAAAUACAUCGGUCACAGUAUUUACCACCAUGAAUGAAAAGUUAAAUUUAACUACUAUUACAAAUGAUUCAGCAAUAGAAAAUUAUCUAUACUCAUCCAGUCAUUUGCUGAAUAAAAGUCUUGAAGACUCAUGGAAUGAAGGCACUACUGACAACUCCUCACUUUCAAUGGCUGAGAGAUUCAUGAUUUCUGUUGAGAAUUUAAUUAAAAUAUCAAAUCUGACUGUGGGGACUAGGAGGGAAAAUCUGCAAGUGGAUUUGUGCAAUACAUCCAACUGCAAAAUCAAUGUUUUCAAUGUCUCAGUUUCAGUUUCAGGUGGAGUGAAUGUGAAAACAACUGCAUUCAAACAACUGGAUAAAUAUUUGCCCCAUCUUGACAAUAAAUCAGAGGUCAACAGUAUCAUUGUUUCCGCAACUGCAGAAAACGCAAGUGACAUUUCCAUAAAGUUUGAAAUGAUCAAACCAAGACCUCGUAAUUUUGAGCUAAAAUGUGUGUAUUGGGACACUAAAAACCACAAGUUUUCAUCAGAGGGAUGUAAAUGGGGGGGUCCCUCAGACGAGGGCCUAUGUGAAUGUAAGCAUUUUUCCUCAUUUGCAUUGCUACUGUCCAAGGAGCCCCUGGAAGUCCCUGGUUUAACUUAUGUAACUUAUGUAGCUCUGUCAGUAUCAGUGUUGUCACUCGUUGUCACUCUUGUGAUAGAACUGAUAGUCUGGAGCGACGUAGUCAAGACGAGUACAUUAUAUUUACGCCACACUGCCCAUGUGAACAUUUGUCUGUGCUUGCUGAUCGGUAACCUCUGCUUUUUGGCAUCUUCUUCCAACCCAGAGAGUAUUUCAGACCUUUGGUGUCGAACCUCUGCGGUGCUGAAGCAUUUCUGCUAUCUGGCUAUGUUCUUUUGGACGUUUUGUUUGAGCGCCACACUUCUUCAUCAGGCAGUGUUUUUGUUCCAUAAGGUGAGCAGGGCAAACUAUCUGAGGUUCUCGUUGGUUGUAGGCUACGCCAUCCCCUUGAUCAUAGUCUUUGUCACGUUUCUUACCUGCAACGGUGGAGCUGAGGGAGUAUAUUACUUCAGGAAGACCUGCUGGCUGGUUUAUGGUGGACUUUUUAAAGGCACUUUUUAUACGUUUAUCAUUCCAGUGGGAGCAAUUGUUUUCAUUAAUGUGUUCUCAAUGCUUGUGGUUAUCAUGAAGCUCGUAAGCCACCACUCAGAAAUACACCAAAAAACCGACAUUUCACCAGAAAAGGAGAAAGCAGCAGCCAAAACUGUUGUGAGAUCCAUUAUCCUACUGACCCCAAUUUUUGGUGUGACGUGGAUCUUUGGAUUUGCCAUUUUGAUUUUUGAUCUCACAAGCGGAAUCGCAGCAUAUGCAUUCGAAUACAUCUUCACCAUACUCAACGGAUUCCAGGGCUUCUUCAUUUUGUUGACCACAUGCUUCGGAGACAGAAUGACUCGUGAGGCUCUGCUGAGAUACAUUAAGAAGAAAGCUCCAGCAUCUAGUGUCAGUGAAAGCACCUCUAAGUCAGAGGUGACAUGGAAGAAAUGAAACCAUUUUCAUCUACAUGUGAAACUAGUAUCACUUUUUUGUGCCAUUGAAAAUAAAUGUACAGUGUGCAUUCACUUUUUACUGAGGCCGAGAGCGGAUGUAUACUUUUUCCCAAAGGUUUUCUCGAGAUAACCGGUUAAUGUUCCAGUUUCUGGAAAUAACAAUAUCAUUUCCCAUUGGUUUUCUGGAGAUAGAGUUAAUUUCCUGAUGGUUUUCUUGAAUCGAGUUCAUUUCCUGAUGGUUCUCUUGGGAUAACAAGUUAAUCUCGAUAAACCAAACUUUGCUUGUACCGUUGUACAAAUACAUGUGGCAUGUAUUUGAAGGAUGGAAUCAGGUUUAACACACACCAGUCAUCUCAUGAUCUUGAGAUGAUCACAAGAUGAUUGGACCAGAAAUGGUUUUCUCGAGAAAACCACUGGGAGAAAGCAUAUGCUGAAAACGUCCACUCUCGACGUCCGUAAUUUUUUUAUGUGAUUUUUUUAUUAAUGUUGUUGGUAAAAUUAUAAAUGUAUAGUUAAUUAUUUU